ACCUGGCCCACGGUCAUAGCGGGGCCCGUUGAAGAUUUACCCCGCCAAAAUUUUGAGGGUCCCGCUGUUGCAUUGGAAUUCAGUUGCCCGGGCGCCAAAAAUUCCAAAUUCCAUGCUUGACAUAUUUGUGAUCCACCUGAUAGCUUCUAUCUCUACAUCUCUAAACUGAGCCUAUUCCCGAACCAUUUUGCACUCCAACUUGCGACGUCUAAACCGAACGUCUAUCAGCAAAUAUGGCCCCCUAUGACGACUCCUCUGAUGAGGGUGAGGAUCUCGAGUUCACCGAGACCAACGUCCUUCUAGGCUAUGCCGACGCCGACUCCAACGGCGAGAAGAUCAGCCGCCUAGGUGGCCGUCCUGAAUGGCUCGAUGAAGAAUCCCCGGCCUCGGCCGCCCUCGCCAGGUGCAAGGUCUGCAAGGACUACAUGGUCCUCCUCCUCCAACUCAACGCCGAACUCCCCGAUCGCUUUCCCGGCCACGAGCGCCGCCUCUACGUUUUUUCCUGCCGGAGGAAGAGCUGCCGCAGGAAGGAGGGCAGCAUCAGAGCCGUGAGGGGCGUCAGGGUGGCCGUAGAUGCGCCCGCGGCGAAGGAGGACAAGAAGAAGAACACUCCCGCUGUGGAGCAGGAGAAGAAGGAAAUGCCCAAGGCUUCUACCCUGGGACUGGGUGAGGCUUUGUUCGGCGCGAAGCCGGCUGCUAGCGGAGGAGGAGGAGGAGGAGGAGGAGGAGCAAAGACCAACCCCUUUGCGUCAGGCGGUGGUGCCUCUUCGAACUCGAACCCGUUUGCGCCCAAGGGAUCUGCUGCUGUGAACCCGUUUGCGCCAAAGCAGGAGACACCAGCAGUAACAGAGACACCGAAGUCCGAGACGACAACAACAAUAACAGAACAGCAAAAACAUCAAGAACAAGAACAAGCCGAAAAGGAUGACCUCCCCAAAACCUUCGCCCAAACCCUCUCCCUCAACAACACCACCACCCAGCAGACUCAGACCCCUCCCGCCCCGGCGGCCCCCUCCGAGCCCUGGCCAACCGACGCCUCCGCUCUCCCUCCUCCCUACCCCGAACGCUGGAUCUGGGACGCCGACUACGAGACCCUCGACCCGACCCCCUCUCUCCCGCCUCAAAAGAUCGAAACGAUGGACAUCGACACCGAGACUGGCUCAGGUUCAGGAGGAGGAGGAGGAAAAGAAGACAAGGACGUCUUCGAAUCCACCAUGGACGCGGUCUUCCAGCGGUUCGCCGACCGCGUCGGGCAGAACCCGGAGCAAGUGAUUCGGUACGAGUUUGCUGGUCAGCCGCUCUUGUACAGCAAGAAUGAUGCGGUGGGCAAGUUGUUGCAUGUUCCUGCUGCAUCCACCAAUGAAAAGGUGACUACUACUACGGGUAAGGGAAAACUGCCUAGGUGUGGAAACUGUGGUGCGGGAAGGGUGUUUGAGGUGCAGUUGACGCCGCAUGCGAUUGAGGAGCUGGAGUGCGAGGAGGACUCGAUGGAGGGCAUGGAUUGGGGUACUAUUAUUGUGGGUGUUUGCGAGAAGGAUUGUAGCCCGCGGGGAACGGAGAGGGGCGUGGCUGGGUAUGUGGAGGAGUGGGCGGGUGUGCAGUGGGAGGAGUUGAGUGUUAAGCGGUAA